AUGGACUACUCGUACUUUGGCGGGCCCCAGCAGCCCUACAACCAAUUCCUGGGCAUGCCACACUCGUUCGCCCACGGCCGACUCGACACAGACACGACGCAGAGCAUUGAACCUCUCGACCCCGGACUGUAUUCCACAUGCUACGAUGCCUUUAGCCUUAACAACGGCCUGCCGACUCCCCAGCAGGGCUCUCCAGAGAACAUAGCAGCACACACCCCCAUGCCUGUCGGCAGCGUAGACUCUGGACUUGGCGCCGAGCUCGAAGAUGGCCAGCCAAACCAAACGCGAAGCAGCAGCGAAGAAAAGGACAAUCUGACGCCUGCCCAGAGCAGGCGCAAGGCACAAAAUAGGGCAGCCCAGCGCGCAUUCCGCGAGCGCAAAGAACGCCAUGUCAAGGAGCUCGAGACGAAGCUCGAGAGCCUCGAGUCCAGCACUCGCUCCCUUCAAUCAGACAACGAGCGCUUGAAAGCCGCGCUGCAUCGCGCCCGCACUGAGAAUGAGAUCCUGCGCGCCACCAGUGGCCAUUCUUCCGCGUCCUCGCGCCCCGUGUCUGCGAGCUAUCCCUCGCCCGGCGCUCAUCUGCCCACGGAGGAAGACGAUGAACAGGAGAUGGACUACAGCGUCGAGUCGCUGACCAACAGCUCCGUUGUGAAUUCUGCUGGUAGGGAGCAUUCAAGGACCAAAGCCAAGGGGAGAGAGAUUCCGGCUGCGCAGGCCUGGGACUUUAUACAAUCGCAUACGCUCGUCAAGCAGGGUCUCGUCGAUGUGGCUGAUGUAUGUGAGCGGCUCAAAGGGAAGACGACGUGCGAUGGCCAUGGACCUGUGUUUGCAGAGAGCACCAUCUGGCAAGCAAUCGAAGAGUCGCGUCGAUGCGGCGGUGAUGAACUUAUAUGA